AUGGGUCACGACAGCAGUCCCAACCACCAAACCACCUCCGUCGCCGGCGGUUCCAGCGCAACACCCACCCCAGCCAACAAUGUCGGCGGCGGAGCAGGAUGGGGCGAUCGUAUGUGGAUGGGAGGCAAAGAGCAAGGAGCCGGGCAUAUGGAUGCACCAACUGGCAAAUCAACCAUGGGAGAAUUUCUUGGUCUCAGAGACCAGAAGACGCGCGCCGAGAACAAAUAUUUUGAACGCGCCGAGAUGGCCGAGAAUGAUGAAUAUUCCAUGAAUGCUACGGGUGACCCGACUUGCGCCAGUGAGGAUCAUUCGUUUAUGGGUCAUAAGCCCGGUGGUUCUGAUACUUUGCCUGGGUGGAAUAAGAUGAAGGAGUUUGCUGGAGGGUCCAUCUAG